AUGUCAACUGUGAAGUUUGAACUGGAUUAUCUUUCUCCUGAAGGCUUCAGACUUGAGCAUGCUUCCAACCCAGAAUUUACUUUAACAAGUUUGAAUGAACUUUCUGAAGAUUCUAGUCAGUUCGAACGUCAACACUCCAGUUCUGUCCCCACUGGCUUGCGAAAGUUGUGCUCAUCUCAUUGUGAGCUUGAGAAGAGUGUGUGGGCUGCCAAAGGCAAACACAGUGAAGGUAUGAAUAUAAGCAAGAGUGAGAUAACAAAAGAAACUUCAUUAAAACCAUCUCGGAGGUCACUGCCUUGCCUUGUUCAGAGCUAUGCCUACUCAAAGAGUUUGAGCCAAUCUACCUCACUCUUCCAGUCAACGGAGAGUGAAUCUCAGGCUCCCACUUCUGUGACCUUAAUCUCCUCUGACAGAGCUGAGCAAGUUAAUGCUGAGGAGGAUAAAAAAGACUCUGUGCUCAAAUGCUCUUUCGCUGACCUUAGUGACUUUUGCUUGGCCCUAGGAAAAGAUAAGGAUUACAUGGAUGAAUCAGAACAUGCUGCUUAUGACCGAUCUCGGCUUAUUAAAGACUUUGUGCCCAAAGAUAAUUCUGAAUCCAAGGCAAAAUUGUCUAAGAAUGACAUGAAUUACAUAGCAUCCAGUGGACUUCUAUUCAAAGAUGGCAAAAAACGGAUUGACUACAUCCUGGUGUAUAGAAAGUCAAAUAUACAAUAUGACAAAAGAAACACAUUUGAAAAGAACCUCAGGGCGGAAGGCCUGAUGUUGGAAAAGGAGCCAGCUGUGGCAAACCCUGAUAUCAUGUUUAUUAAAAUUCAUAUUCCUUGGGACACGCUGUGCAAGUAUGCAGAGAGGCUAAAUAUCAGGAUGCCCUUCAGGAAAAAAUGCUACUACACUGACCGGAGCAGCAAAUCAAUGGGCAGUGUGCAAAAUUAUUUUAGAAGGAUAAAAAAAUGGAUGUCCCAAAACCCAAUGGUUCUUGACAAGUCAGCUUUUCCACAUCUGGAGGAAUCAGAUUGCUAUACGGGCCCCUUCAGCCGUGCACGGAUUCACCACUUCAUAAUAAACAAUAAGGAUACAUUCUUCAGUAAUGCUACUCGAAGCAGGAUAGUCUAUCACAUGCUACAGCACACCAAAUAUGAAAAUGGAAUCUCAAAAGUGGGUAUCUGUAAACUUAUCAACAAUGGCUCAUAUAUAGCAGCUUUUCCUCCACAUGAGGGAGCCUACAAGAGUAGCCAACCCAUCAAAACGCAUGGACCUCAGAAUAAUAGACAUCUAUUAUAUGAGCGCUGGGCACGCUGGGGAAUGUGGUAUAAGCAUCAGCCCUUGGAUUUAAUCAGGCUAUACUUUGGUGAGAAGAUUGGGCUAUACUUUGCUUGGCUGGGAUGGUAUACUGGCAUGCUGAUUCCUGCAGCACUCGUUGGCUUGUGUGUUUUCUUCUAUGGGAUAUUUACAAUGAAUGCAAGUCAAGUAAGCCAAGAAAUUUGCAAGGCCACUGAAGUCUUCAUGUGCCCUCUCUGUGACAAGAAUUGCUCACUGCAGAGACUCAACGAAAGCUGUAUCUAUGCCAAGGUGACAUAUUUGUUUGAUAAUGGAGGAACAGUCUUCUUUGCUAUUUUUAUGGCAAUAUGGGCCACAGUCUUCUUGGAGUUUUGGAAAAGGAGGAGAAGCACACUGACCUAUACUUGGGACCUCAUUGAAUGGGAAGAAGAGGAGGAAACACUCCGUCCCCAGUUUGAAGCCAAAUAUUACAAGAUGGAGAGAGUGAAUCCCAUUAGUGGAAAGCCUGAGCCACAUCAGCCUUCCUCAGACAAAGUUUCUCGUCUCCUUGUUUCUAUCUCAGGAAUAUUCUUCAUGAUUUCUUUGGUGAUCACUGCAGUGUUUGCUGUUGUCGUGUAUCGCCUGGUUGUCAUGGAGCAGUUUGCAUCAUUCAAGUGGAAUUUCAUCAAACAACACUGGCAGUUUGCAACAUCAGCUGCUGCUGUCUGUAUCAAUUUUGUAAUCAUUAUGGCACUGAAUCUUGCUUAUGAAAAAAUUGCUUACCUUCUCACCAACUUAGAAUAUCCUCGAACAGAAUCUGAAUGGGAAAACAGCUUUGCUUUGAAGAUGUUCCUUUUCCAGUUUGUUAAUUUAAAUAGUUCUAUCUUCUAUAUUGCUUUCUUUUUGGGGAGAUUUGUAGGCCAUCCAGGAAAUUACAAUAAACUUUUUAACCGGUGGAGACUGGAGGAAUGUCAUCCCAGUGGCUGUUUGAUAGACCUCUGCCUGCAGAUGGGAGUGAUCAUGUUUUUGAAGCAAAUAUGGAACAACUUCAUGGAACUAGGAUACCCGCUGAUCCAGAACUGGUGGUCACGACAUAAAAUCAAGCGAGGAGUACAAGAUGCUUCCAUACCUCAGUGGGAAAAUGAUUGGAAUCUGCAGCCCAUGAAUAUUCACGGACUGAUGGAUGAGUAUUUAGAAAUGGUUUUGCAGUUUGGUUUUACCACCAUCUUUGUUGCGGCUUUUCCUCUGGCACCUCUUUUGGCCUUAUUAAACAAUAUCAUUGAGAUCAGGCUGGAUGCCUACAAAUUUGUCACCCAGUGGCGGAGGCCUCUGCCGGCGCGAGCAACCGACAUAGGUAUCUGGUAUGGAAUUCUUGAAGGAAUUGGUAUAUUGGCUGUGAUCACCAAUGCAUUUGUAAUUGCUAUUACAUCUGAUUACAUCCCACGUUUUGUCUAUGAAUACAAAUAUGGCCCCUGUGCAAGUCGUUUUGAAUACGGUGAAAAUUGUUUAAAGGGAUAUGUCAACAAUAGCCUAUCCUUCUUUGACCUGAGUGAGCUUGGUAUGGGAAAAUCUGGUUAUUGCAGGUAUCGGGACUACAGAGGCCCUCCAUGGAGUUCCAAACCCUAUGAGUUCACUCUACAAUACUGGCAUAUCCUCGCUGCUCGAUUGGCCUUCAUUAUCGUGUUCGAGCACCUUGUUUUUGGGAUCAAAUCAUUCAUUGCAUACCUGAUUCCAGAUGUACCAAAGAACCUGUAUGACCGAAUACGACGGGAGAAGUACUUAGUCCAAGAGAUGAUGUAUGAGGCUGAACUAGAACAUUUGCAACAACAACGGAGAAAAAGUGGUCAUCCUGUUCAUCAUGAAUGGCCUUAGGGGCAGAGUGGGAAUGACAGCAACCUUAAAUUCUAGGGGGGUCCAGGAGGAAGGCAUACCUGGCAAACCAUAUGUAUGAUAUGUUACUUGGAAAUGCAUCACAGCCAUCUCUGGGAUUUGGAAUAUCCAGGCAUCUAGGGAAGGAAAAGAUGACUCGUGGCAUCUAAAUGGUUAGACUGACAAUGCAGGAAGCCGGGAUCUAAUUCUCAGAACCAGCCUCAGGGAGUUGUUUGUUUGGAGACCUCCACCUUCCGUCAGCUGCAGUGUAACAGGAAUGGUGAUGAUGAGGUUUCUGGCAACAGUUUUCCAUGGAAAUGUUCAUAAGCCAGGCAUGCUGAAGGUAUCAUGCGGUCUUCAGUCACAUACUAAUCUGACUUUGGAAUCUUAAGUUGAGUUGAGAUACAAAAAAUGACUUACGUCAAUUAUUGCCUUUGCUGCCAGAAUUCCAUGUCCCUUCAGCUUACAGGUUUGGGGAAUUUUAUUGGUUUUUUUUUGUUUUUUCUUGUUUGUUUUUUUCCCCUGAGUUUAUGGAUCUGUGCCACAAGGAAUUUAUGCUGCUUUACAUUGACUAUGCAGUUGAAGAGUUGCACACCACCUUUAGUUGUCAAACCAAAAAUCUAAGAUUCUAAAAAGAAUCCCAUUCAUUGAAAUGGAUUCUAUUGCAUCGGCUACAUUCAAAUAUGUUGUAUCACGGUCAGAACAAGGUUCCCUGCCUUUUUUUUAAAUUACAUAUUAGUAGAGCCACAUACUUAAAAAGUAUGGGUGUUUAUUCUCAUAUCAUUUAGAAUACCACUCAUCCAUGUUUUACUGCGGAGGGCUGUUUUAUAGUAUUUUUUAUUUUUUCCUCCUUAGUUUAUUAUAACUACUCCCACAGAAUAACAGAAUAACUUGAAAUGCUGUAAAUAUGUUGGUUUUCCUUGUACUUUUGCACCUUGGCAAUACGUAAUGCAAGUUACAUUUUGUGCAGCUCUGAGAUCAGUGACAUAGUAUGCCAUUGUGACUUAUUUAUUCAGGAAAUCAGAAGCCAAAUGCUUUGCAACACGUUAAGCUUUUCUAACAAUGUGCAUUUUUGUUCAUGAGCUAAUGAAAACAACGCAUGAAUAUAAAUUUAUAUUGUUUGUAAGCACACACACAUUUUUUGUUUUAUUUCUUUUUUCAUCAGUGAAGGGGGUUUUCUGUUAUUGUUUCUUUGAGAGAUUGAUUUGUUUGAUUUUUGAAAACUCCUUAAAACCAAGAUCAAAUCAACUGUGCAAAGACAUGGUUUUGCUUUGUUGUGGAGUUGCUAUUUCGGUGUCAACUCUGUGAGUGUUCUUGUUCACAGACAGAUGCAGUGGGAAUGAUGAAACAUUCAAGUAAGGAAAGUCUGGUGGAGACAUAAGCUAUGGGAGCAGGUGGGGAAGAAAGAAGAGAGUUGAAGUAAGGGAAUAUAUGGGAGAAAUCAAGACACCUUUCCUUGCAAAACAACCAAAACUGAUCUCAGUUUUCCUCCCCUGGGAAUGGGGUGGCAAAUUACAUAGACUCACACAUUUCCAUAUAUAUAUAAUAUACAUAUUAUAUAUUAUAUAUAUAUAUUUGUGAUUAUUAUUUGUCCAAUUAAACAAAGCACCAUUAUUUCCAAAAUGUAUAAAUACCAGAUUAAAGACAAUGGAAAUAAAACUGCUUUGUAUAUAUGCUAGAGUAUCUCUAGUAAGAAAAUUUUAAAGUUUCUCUUACUGGAAAACUAACAUUCUAACCCUGAAAAUGUUUUUUGGACUGUUUCUUCUUUUACUCCAGGGAAAAACUGACAGCUUAUAGUUGUUCGUUGGUUUGUUCUUGUCAAAAAUGAACACUUCCCUACUUCUCCUCUGAUUCUGAGCAAAGGGAAAGACCCCAGACUCUAAACUUCCCUCCCAAUUCCUUGUCACCAAGGACUCUUACAUUCAGCUUCCUCAGAGGUCCUGUUUCUGCCACCUGCUAGUCACAACUAGUUCCACUAACUCCACAAAGGAGUUUUAAAGUCCUUUUUUGUGGUAUCUGCAGCAUUUCCUUUUCUUUGUUAGUUGAAUGUAUGCCAUGCCUAAGGAUAAAUGUUCUGUAUGCCUAUUGAAGACAUAAAUGAACCUGAUGUGUAGUUUCCAAAUUAGGGACACAAGACAAAGACAUUUGUCUUGCAGUAGAGCAAAGACUAGUGAUAGCCACACCCUUGAGAAUUCUUUCUGUUUUGAGUUAUUUUUAACACCAUCAGUGUUUAAAAGUGUAUUGAUUGCCUAGAGAGAAAGAAAAUGAAAAGAGAAAGGUAGUUAUAAUAAAAAAUUAUAAACAUUGAUUUAGGCAUUGCCUCCUCUGAAGAUUUUCAAGACCAGUAGAAAAAUAGAGAAUCAAUGAAAAAGUUACCUGAAAUUUUCCCUUUGUGAAACAAUGCAGUAGAAUCUAGCUAUGCCUUCAUGGUUGUUGACAGCAAAAUUUUGACAGCCCCUCACAGUAUGUGAGUUUUAAAUCACUCUGAUUUCGUUGAGAGAAAUGUUUUAUAUCAUGGUUUUCAUAGGAAUACAAAUUAUUUCUCAAAGAUUUAUAUAGCACACACUAUUCUCAGGAAUUCUGUAUUACAUGAAUGCUGCUUAUAUAUUUUCAUAUUCUAAACUGUAGUCUUUUCAAGUAAAUGACUAACAUAUAUAUGUGCAUGCAGCCUGCCUUGACAAGUUGUUCAAAGCUGAAGCACUUUACCAGUCCAGUGUGUGAAAAAUUUAUCUAGACUGUAGCCGAAAUAGUUUGCAGUUGUCUGAGUCUAUGCACGUACUUUUCGAUAAAAUGCUGAGUGACUGCAUGAUGAAAUACAACUUCUGAAUGCUGCACUUUCUUCCAAAAUGACUCUUAGCACAAUAUGUUUUAGAAUGGAACGGAAAGGAAUCUUUUUCACUCAAUAAAUCAUGUGAUAUGGGAUUUUUCCUGUAAUUUGCAUGUUAAA